ACAACAUAAUCUCUACAGCGGCAAUAGCAAUUACUACAACAACAACAACAACAGCCACAAAAUGCAUUUAACUACAACAACAAGCAACACGACGUCAUCGACGGUCAACAAUAAUGCAAACAACAAUAACAACAACAACAAUACAAGCAGCAACAAUAGCAACAACAAUAACACAAGCAACACAAAUGGCUCCAACAACAACAACAAUAACAACAGCAGCUCCAGCAACAACAACAACAACAAUAACAAUAAUAACAACACAGAACAAAACACACCACCCACACCCGCCCAACUGCUAAACGAAGCCUACACAAAAAUGACAUCAGACAUUUUGGCCGAAAGGACACUGGGCGAUUUCCUUACCGAACAUCCCGGCGAACUGAUACGGACCAGCAGUCCCCUAUUCGUUUGCACAGUCCUGCCGCCGCAUUGGCGUUCCAAUAAAACACUACCGGUGGCCUUCAAGGUUGUCUCACUCGGCGACAUAAUGGAUGGCACCAUGGUCACCGUGCGAGCGGGCAACGAUGAGAACUAUUGCGCCGAGCUGCGCAACUGUACCGCCGUUAUGAAGAAUCAAGUGGCCAAAUUCAAUGAUCUGCGAUUUGUCGGACGAAGUGGUCGAGGGAAAAGCUUUACCUUAACCAUCACCGUAUCAACGAAUCCACCGCAUAUAGCCACCUACAAUAAGGCGAUCAAAGUGACUGUCGAUGGGCCACGGGAGCCACGCUCCAAGACCAUGUUAUCCCUUUUAGGACAGCAACAACAAUUCCAUUUCGCCUUUGGCCAGCGACCAUUUCACUUCUCGACGGAUCCAUUAUCUGGUUUUCGUAUGCCACCAAUUGGCAAUUGUCAGAGUGCCAGCAAUACACAUUGGGGCUAUGGCUCAGCGGCAUCGGCCUAUUCACCCUAUUUGGCCAGCAGUGGAUUGUCAUCGUGUACUACCCCAACAUCGGCACAGUUUAAUAAUCCGGCAUUGGGUUUUACCUGCUCAUCAAAUGAUCAGAGUAACAAUCAAGAUUUUGGCGGUGCCACCAAUCGUGAUUGUGUGCCAAUGUUACCCGAUUCGACAGCCAGUGAUUUGGAUCAGCAUUUGAGCAGUUUGGUGGGCUCAACCAGUGGUCAGAUGACCCAUCACAGUCUCCUGGGUGCCACUGGGCAGACAUCCAUCUCGUCGACGGUGAAUGGAGCAAGUGCUGGCGGCGCCACAGCGGGCAGUGUGACUGGCGGUGGCACUGCGGGCACUGGUGGCAGUGGCGGCGGUGGCGGGGCCACCAAUUCAAUUCUAGUGCCACGAUAUCACACAAAUGCCAGCAACAAUGAUUACAAUGUGCAUUCCAGUCAGAAUGGUCCACGAAGCUUGAGCGAUUCAUCGCAGGCCGAGUCACCGGUGCAGGAGGAUCUCCUAUCGACAAACACACCAAAUUUGGGUGGCAGUGGCACUGGGGCAGCUAAUGGCGGCAGUGGGGCAACUGGCGGUGGCACUGCUGGCACUGGCAGUGGGAUCUCAUCACCCGGCUCGGGGGCAGUUGGAGCUGGCGGUGUGGCCUCCAUGCUGGUGGGAUCCAAUCAAAAUUUCCAAGCUCAUGUGUCUCAGCAUGUUUCCGCUUCAUCGGCCUAUGUGAGUGGUGGUGGUGGCGGCGUUGGCGGCGGUGGUGGUGGAGGCGGCGGCGGUGGCGGUGGCGGCGGAGGAGGCAGUGGUGCCGGCGGAGGCAAUGUUCAACAUGGCAGCACCAAUGGUGGUGGCUCCCUCUAUCCCGUUCUUCCUGCCAGUCUCCUCUAUUCGCAACUUUACACGGCUGCCAAUCAAUCGGCUCACGGUUUCCAUUCGCACACUCUGGCCCCGGCCCAUGCUGCGGCCCAUUCGCCGAACUCCUCGGUUCAUGGGGCCGAGCUGCAGAGUGUCAUGGAUCACAUUAGCAAUGUGGGCGUGGGGGUGGUGCGCCAUCAGCAGCAUCAUCACAACAUUAUGUCAGCAGCCGGCGGUGGCGGACUCACCCAUCCGGGGGAUCUCACUUUAAUUGGCAAUUGUGGGGCGUCGGUGCGCAAUAUCGAAGAUGGCAAUGUGACAAAUCGACAGGUGGCCGCCUUAGCUGCCCAUCGCGGCCACCACAAUCCCACUGAUAAUGGGGGCAGCGUUUGGAGGCCAUAUUGAGGUCAGGUUUUGUGGUGCGGCUCUGCGGUUCUAUAGUGUGAGGAGGUGGAGGAGCAUCACCAAAUUUUCGGCGACUAUUAACACAGAAAACCCAAUGUCAUUCUCCAUUUUGGAUGACUUUUUGUAUAUAAUCAUAGGCAAGCA